AUGGAGAAUAAGGCCAUGUACCUGAGUACAUACGAAGAGAGGGAGAACGGAUCCUUCUAUGAGGAGGGCUACGAUGGCAGGAACCUAUCAAAGCUGAACCUGUGUGAAGACGCCGGCUCUGCCAAGAGGAGAAGAAAGACAGACAAUUGCUGCAGCCACCUGAACUCUCUGUCUGCCAUCAAGUAUGCUAUCGUGUCUCUAUACAUCCUGGUACUUCUGUGUAUCCUUGGUCUCUGUUUAGCAGUGUCCAGGUCUCAGAUGUCCUCAGAGAAGCAGGAGGCACUGAUGGAGAACAUGACCCGUAUGGAGGACCGCUCCCGGGAGCUCCAGCAGUCCCUGGGCGACAUCUCGUCUCAGGCAAACCUCCUGGAGAAAAUCUGGAAGCUGGAGAACCUGUUCCAGAACCACAGCGAGUCCUUACAGCAGCUGGGCCGGGCAUUUCACGGCCUGGAGAGGGACAUCAGGGAUCUGCAGGGCCACUCCCAGUCGACAGACAGUGCAGUAGAGCAGCUGGGGGACCGUGUCUCUACCCUGAACCAAUCGUCCCAGAGGAACGUGAAUGGGUUGAGCAACCAGCUGGCCCAGGCCUCUGUCUCGCUGCACGACCACGACCUACUGCUGAAGAGCGCAGCUGAUCAGGUGGACCAGCUCAAGGAGAGGCUUGAGGAGGUGGGCUGGACGGUGGAUGCGGUCAACCACACAUUCACGAGUGACAUCAGCAUCCAUCACCUGAAGAUCCAGGACCUGCAGGUGCAGAUCAGCAACGUGAGCCAGGACACACGGUACAUGAGGGAGACACAGGUGCAAAUGGAGGAGACACUGAAGAACGAGGUGGAGAUCCUCAGCACCAUCACAGAGGACCUGAGGCUCAAGGACUGGGAGCACUCAAAUAUCCUCAAGAACAUCACCUUCCUAGAAGGGCCUCCAGGACCAAAGGGUGAGAAGGGCGAUGUUGGGCCAAUUGGGUCCCCUGGUGUGGCAGGCCUCACAGGGAUGAGAGGUUUAACAGGAGAAAAAGGCAUCCAGGGUCCAAGGGGACUAAAAGGCCCGAGCGGCCCCGACGGCCUACAGGGGGAGAAAGGGGAAAUGGGACCCAAAGGGCCCAAAGGUGACAAAGGAGACAGAGGACUGAAGGGUGAGAAGGGAGACCGUGGUGAAAAAACAGUGGAUGAGACACUGGUGAGGCUGGUGAAUGGAUCAGGCCCUCACGAGGGGAGAGUGGAGGUGUUCCACGAGAGACGCUGGGGGACGGUGUGUGAUGACGUCUGGGACAAGAAGGACGGCGACGUGGUCUGCAGGAUGCUUGGCUACAAAGGAGCCUUUGAGAUCCAUAAAACAGGCCGGUUUGGACAAGGUACUGGGCUCAUCUGGAUGGAUGACGUGGCCUGCGUUGGGAACGAGGACACCAUUCACCAGUGCAAGUUCUCAGGCUGGGGUAAGACAAACUGUGGGCACGUGGAGGAUGCGGGGGUGACAUGCAACACCUAACACCCACCAUUUGAACCCCCACCGAGUUCAGUUACAAACUGCUGAGAUUAGUUGCAGUUGACAGGCAGCGUGACGUAGAGCAGAGGAGCUGUGUCCUGCUGUCCUACACCCACCCA